AUGCUCACUCUAAUGUUGUUGCCAUUUCCACCACUUUCCACUCCCUCCAGCGACAUCAGCAACAACAGCUUCUACUGCCCCAUAAACAGCAACUUCCGCAGCAUGAUUCCUGACAACGGCGUUCUGCUCAACAUCGCAGGCAACUUCUUCUACGGCGACCCCAUGCUCUAUGCCGAUGGCUGCCAGUUCUGCCCCUCCCAAAUCACCCAGUCUCAUCGUUUGGACAGAGCAUGUGUGCCGCCGCAGGCGGGGGCGGCAGAGGCGCGCUUCACGUGUGAGUGCGACGACGGCUUUGUCCCCACCAACGGCACCCUCGGCUCCACCUGCGCCCGCCCUGCUCCGCCCCCUGCUGCAGGUGCGGGCGUGGCGUCGCUGCGGCAUGAGAACGAUCCCUUAACCCCUUUUCUUCUGCAUGAGAACGUAUCUUUCAACUCCCUUUUUUCUUCUCCUUUGGCACCCCUCUAUCCCCCCGUGCGUCAGGUGAGGGCGAUGGCGUCACUGCGGCAUGAGCACAUGGUGCGCCUGUUGGGCUUCUGCCUGCAUCAGAACGUGGAGAGCGGCCAGCAGGAGCAGAUCCUCGUCUACGAGUUCGUGCCCAACGGGGACCUCUAG